AUGGAUGUCAUUUGGGCUCCCGAUGACGACAAUGAGGAUGACUGCAGUAAGAAUGAUCUGCCAUCACAGAAGACCGUUAUCUUUCACGGAAAGCCCAUUCGCGAAGAGGCGGUUCACUGUAUCGCCUUUGUGUCUUCGCAGAUCCAGCACGCCAUCAAAUAUUACCGUGAAACCGAUAAAGGAACUAGGUCUCUGUCAUCUAUGGCAAGACGAUUCAAGUGGAUUAAAACUAAAAGCCAUAUGAAUUGCAUCAGGGAACUUGAACGAAGAGGUAUUCCAGUCUCAGCAAUGGACUGUACCACUUCCGCAUAUACAUACAUACCUUUGCAAAUAUUUGAUUGUUCUUACUCAGCCAUGAUUGAGGAAGCUAGGAACUUUCUUUUAUCUUAUGGCGUCAUCCGGCACAUGGCCCUUCGUACAAAUUUGGAGCACAAACUUAUCGAUGAUUUUCGAGCUUCGAAUUCAUGGGUUGCCAAAUUUUUACGGCAGUGCGGUGUACGCUCGAGAAAGGUGACGCACUUAAUUACGUCAAAGAGCCUCCAUUGUAGACAUAACGUCGAAGCGGAGGCCGACGCUUUAGUGAAGGCUGUACGGGAGGAGAUGGGAAAAUAUCCCAGAUCUGCGUUCGCCAACGCGCACUUCGAAGAGAACUUUUGCUCCGGUCAGGUCCAAGCAAGUGGUGAGACUGGUCCACUCUGUCUCAUCACUUACGCACUCAUUCACUGCCAUGCCUCUCAUUUAUGCCGACCGUCGACACGGAGAAAAACUACUAGUAAUUCUCCCCGAAAGGGGAGGAGUAUUCCCCUUGUGUGGCCACUGGCAGGCCCCAACCUGCUAGUGAUGGCAGGGACGACGCACAUAAUGACAAAGGCACACCACUUUCGUCGAGAAGUGUGUGGUCGGGUCGUCUUCCCCUCCGACUAUACUCCUAGCGAUAGUUGGAGAAGAUUCGCGGACCACUCCAAUGUGGUGUCAAAGGUGCCAGAUGGGAAGGAGGUGCAACUGAUGACCAUAACAGCGGGCGCGACAGCCCUUUGUCAGCCGUUGGAUGUGUACUUCUUCCCGUACAUCCGUCGCAUAUAUGAUCAUGUAGCGCACUAUCACCCUGACUUCACCUACAACAGGGACAACAUCCUCAAAGUCAUCAGCCAGACGUAUCGUCGGUUUUGCGUUCCCAUCUUCCGUCCGUGCUUGGCGUACGCCUGGGUGGCGACCGGAUACAUUGAGGACUAUCCUGAACCAUUCUCGACUCCGGCUGACUACGGGUUCAACCAUGGGGAGAUUCCAUCAAAGCCGUCGCUAAGCCCUUCUCAUGGUGGAGGGGCAUAUUCCAAAGAGAAUGCACUUCUGAAGGGUAUCAACAGUCACCCAAACCAAAAUUACGGACCGUCAACGUGUGAAGCCAUCUGUGUUCUCACUAGUUUGGAGUGCGUGGCUUGGAAAGAGGCGAUAAUCGGCAUAGGAACAGGGUGGUUCGGGCUACUCAUCAGUUCUCAGAGUUAG